AUGGCCAUCGAACAUGCCACUGGCACUUAUCUAUACAUCCCUCAUGGCGUUUGGGCUGAUGACCUUACACCGCCCUCAGUAGACACAGCCUUGGACAGGCGUGUCAUCUGCAACUACUACCAUGAUGUGGAGUCCGUAGCAUGGAUCUAUCUUUGGUUUCUCUAUCAUCGUUUUCCAUCGUCCAUCUAUGAAGUAUUGGCGCCGAACAUGCGGGCUCAGCUACGGUGGCUUUACAAGGAUGGAAAGGAGUGCUUUGCGGCUGGAGCGCGGUUGAGGGUGUUCGUCUCCGGGUUCAACCUGUUCACAACAGUCUCCCCAACAAUCUCCCCAAAAUUUGCGAGUCUAUAA